UAUGAUAUCUGCACUGAGACAAGACAAGAAACAAUAUGAUAAAGGAGUCACUGGGAGUGUCAACUGGCCACGGUACAGUGACAUGGCAUCCCUUAAAUCUCCAUCUCCAGUUCAGUGUAUUGAAGUGAUUAGUAAUAUCAAUAAGAAUCAUAAGGAGAUUACACUUGAAGACUCAUCUACUAAUAGUACAGUAUCUCUACUAUCAUCAACUAGACUGCAUACACUAAACCUGAGGAAACUUGUGAUAUGGUGGACUCCAUUAACUAAUGAUUGUAUCCAGUACUUGUGUACACUACUAACUAUUAAUAAAACAAUACAAGAACUAAACAUUAAGCAUCACUCCAUUAGUGAUAGAGGAGUUAAUAAUAUCUGUCAAGCACUUGAACACAACUCUACACUUACCUCAUUAGAUCUUUAUCAUAAUCCUCUCAUCACUUCUAUUAGUGGACAGGCUCUUUCUCACCUCCUCCUCAAUAACUCAUCACUAGUUAAACUGGAUUUAAAGGAAACUUCAUUGUCUACUGAGUCAAUACUACUCAUCCUCCAGUCACUAAUGGAUAAUAAGAAGAUAACAGAACUCACACUAGACAAGCGACACAAAGAGACUUGUAUUAAUACUUAUCCUAACUAUCACCUCAUACAAGACAGAGUAGACUGGUGGCCCAGGUAAUUAGUGAUGAUAAUAAUAAUAUAAUUUUUAAUAAAAAUGUUUAUAAAAGAGGUAAUAAAAAUUUUUAAAUAUGUCAACACAGUUCAACCAGUACACAAGAAUCCUGAGAAUGACCAGCUGGAGAAAG